AUGUGGUGACCCACCAGCCCCUGCCGCUGCUGCUGCUUCCUCGAGUCGCCUGUCUCGCCACACCCCGGGGGCCACCGCCCUCCCCACCGCCGCCGCCAUGUCGACCUCAUCGCUGCGGCGCCAGAUGAAAAACAUAGUCCACAACUACUCGGAGGCUGAGAUCAAGGUCCGAGAAGCCACGAGCAACGACCCCUGGGGGCCGUCCAGCUCCCUCAUGUCUGAGAUCGCUGACCUCACCUACAACGUGGUCGCCUUCUCCGAGAUCAUGAGCAUGAUCUGGAAGCGGCUCAACGACCACGGCAAGAACUGGCGGCACGUGUACAAGGCCAUGACGCUGAUGGAGUACCUCAUCAAGACCGGCUCGGAGCGGGUGUCCCAGCAGUGCAAGGAGAACAUGUACGCCGUGCAGACGCUCAAGGACUUCCAGUACGUGGACCGGGACGGCAAGGACCAGGGCGUGAACGUGCGCGAGAAGGCCAAGCAGCUGGUGGCCCUGCUCCGCGACGAGGACCGGCUGCGGGAGGAGCGCGCCCACGCGCUCAAGACCAAGGAGAAGCUGGCGCAGACCGCCACGGCGUCCUCAGCGGCGGUGAGCUCCGGGCCCCCGGCCGAGGCGGAGCAGGCGUGGCCGCAGAGCAGCGGGGAGGAGGAGCUGCAGCUGCAGCUGGCCUUGGCCAUGAGCAAGGAGGAGGCCGACCAGCCCCCGCCCUGCGGCCCCGAGGACGACGUCCAGCUCCAGCUGGCCCUUAGUUUGAGCCGUGAGGAGCACGACAAGGAGGAGCGGAUCCGCCGUGGGGAUGACCUGAGGCUGCAGAUGGCCAUAGAGGAGAGCAGACGGGAGACCGGCGGCCAGGAGGAGUCCUCCCUAAUGGACCUGGCUGACGUUUUCACGGCCCCGGCUGCACCACCAGCCUCGGAUCCCUGGGGAGGCCCAGCACCCAUGAGCACCCCCACCUCGGACCCUUGGGGAGGGGCCCCCGUCCCUCCAGCUGCUGAUCCUUGGGGUGGUCCGGCCCCUACACCAGCUGCUGGGGACCCUUGGAGGCCUGCUGCCCCUGCGGGGGCCCCGGUUGACCCUUGGGGUGGGGCCCAGGCCCCUGCAGCUGGAGAGGGGCCCACACCUGACCCGUGGGGGAGCUCUGAUGGUGGGGCUCCGGUAGGCGGACCCCCGGCCUCGGACCCCUGGGCUCCAGCCGCUGCCUUCUCAGACCCCUGGGGAGGGUCACCCGCCAAGCCCAGCACGAAUGGCGCCGCAGCCGUCGGGUUCGAUGCGGAGCCGGACGAGUUCUCAGACUUCGACCGCCUGCGCGCGGCCCUGCCCGCCUCCGGGAGCAGCACGGGGGAGCUGGAGCUGCUCGCUGGAGAGGUACCCGCCCGCAGUCCUGGGGCCUUCGACAUGAGUGGGGUCGGAGGCUCUCUGGCUGAGGCUGUGGGGAGCCCUCCGCCCGCGGUUGCCCCCACCCCCCCGCCGCCCACACGGAAGACCCCAGAGUCAUUCCUGGGGCCUAACGCAGCCCUCGUGGACCUGGACUCGCUGGUGAGCCGGCCGGGCCCCACGCCGCCAGGAGCCAAGGCCUCCAACCCCUUCCUGCCAAGCGGAGCCCCGACCACUGGCCCCUCCAUCACCAACCCCUUCCAGCCUGCACCCCCUGCGACGCUUACCCUGAACCAGCUCCGGCUCAGCCCUGUGCCCCCGGUCCCCGGAGCACCACCGACGUACAUCUCUCCCCUGGGUGGGGGCCCUGGCCUGCCCCCCAUGAUGCCCCCGGGCCCCCCAGCCCCCAACACUAACCCCUUCCUCCUAUAAUCCAGGAGGGAGGGGGAUUUGGCCUGGCCCGGCUUCCCCCAUUUCUGCUACCUGGGAGACCAGUGUUGUGAGUGCAUGUGAAGUGGGGGACCCCUGCCCCCCCAGCACCCUCCCCUCCUGGGGCCCACUCACACUACAUCCUCUUCCGUGUCCCCCACUCCACCUCCCCGGAGAGAAACUGGACAUGACACGGGGGUGGGGAGGGGUGCUGGCCGGAGGAGGACCCCUUUCCUGUGGCAUUAGAAAGGGGAGGGACAGCUGGGGGUCCCCUGCCCCUUCCCCUCCCUCCCCACUCCUGACUCGCCCCUCAAUCAGUGUUUGCGCCUCCCCCUCCCCGUGCGCACCCCUUGGUGAAUCCUCGGUGAUAAUUUUGGCAACGUCUGGAAUAAAUGGCAAUUCUCAUGGGUGUCGCUCCCCCAGCUUCCCGUCAGUGGUUCACACGACCCCUCCCCCCAGGGGACCCAGGGCUCUGGACCUCUUAGCUGCCUCUUGGGGUCCUGGGCCCUUCAGUUCCGAUGGGUUGGGGCGUGGGGGGCGCCUGAGCCCUGGUAGGUGGCAGCCCACUCGGGGCUGGAGAGCGGAUGAGGCUCUGGGUGUGGCUGCUGCACCCGUGCUUGUGGCCAGUGGGCGCCACGUGGGGGUCGGGGUGGCGCAGGGCGGGUGAGCUGCCCAGGAGGAUGAGGGCGACGGUGGCCGCACAGAAUGGGGGGCUGCGCUGCCUGCUGUGACCAGUGUGCAUGUCCGCCGGGCACAGUCGGCAGGUGUCUGUGCUCUGCUGGCCGACCCCGGCGGCAUCCUCGGUGGGCCCCUCUCCCCUGGCGCCUCCCUGAGGCGGCUGGCUUGAGCUUGAGGGGCUGGCGGGCCAGGGCCAGGCGGCAGGGCUGUGGGGGUGAAAGCCUGGGACUGCGGCGGUCUCCGCGCCCGGAGAAAGGAGGGCCUGGGGGCGCUGGGAGCACGGGGCAGGCGAGCGAGCCCCUGUCUUGGUCUUUAUGGAGCCCCGUGGGCUGGGCCCUCCUUCCACAGCCGGGCUGGGGGUGGGGAGCCGGAAACACGACCUGGGUUCACGGUCAGGAAGCUCUGUCUGCCCCCAGCCUCGGUCCUCCGGUAUGAGUGCGCCUUGGCUCCAAAGCUCCGGUGUCCCGCCUCUGUACCGAGAGCCUCCGGCCCGGUAUUGUGGGGACCCGUGUGGGUCCUGACGGGAGCCUCGGAGGCAGAGGCCCUGCCCACUCACAGGCGCACCCCCACAUCUCUGGACGGGCGCUCGCGGUGCCCACUGCUCUAGCAGCUCAGGCUCGCUUGCAUUCGGUGUCCCCUCCUCUCACCUGUGUCAUAGAAGCUGGACACAGCUUGUCUCGGCCAGCCUCUGCCUCACCUUCCCUUCAGAACCCGUCUGCCCUCGGUGCAAAUCCUGUCCUGCUUGGCCCGCACCCCUGCCACCCAGCCCUGUGCAGGGGACCCCGCGCCCCUUCCGCUCUCCGUGUGCACACGCCCUGCUCUGUGCUGCGCCCAACGUGCGAAUCUCGGCGCCUGAUGCCCCAAUUCGGCAGCCAGGCCACGGCCCAGCACGCCUGCUUAUUUUUGUAAAUAAAGUUUUAUUGGAACACA